AUGGCCGACGACAAAUCAUCAGGCCUCGCACAGGGCCCAACAACCAUCAGGGUCGGCACGCGCAACUCGCCCCUCGCCCUCGCCCAGGCCGACAUCGUCGUCGCAGCCCUCCAGGCCGUGCUGCCCGCCUACUCGUUUCCCAUCCACGGAAUGACAACCACCGGCGAUCGCGACCAGACGACGGCGCUCUACAACUUUGGCGGCAAGGGCCUGUGGACGACGCAGCUGGAGGACAAGCUCGAGGCAAACGAGCUCGACAUCAUUGUGCACUCGCUAAAGGACAUGCCCACGACGCUGCCCGAGGGCCUGCUGCUUGGCUGCGUCACCAAGCGGGAGGACCCUCGUGACACGCUGGUGCUGAAGAAGGCAUUGGUCGACAAGCACGGCUGGAAGAGCCUGGCCGACCUGCCGGCGGGCAGCAUCAUCGGCACCAGCAGCGUGCGCCGCAUCGCCCAGCUCGCGCGACGAUACCCAAACCUCAAGUUCAAGGACCACCGGGGCAACAUCCAGACGCGGCUGCGCAAACUCGACGAGGACCCUGAGCUCACGGGCAUCAUCCUGGCGGCGGCCGGCCUGCAGCGAAUGAAUCUCGACGCUCACAUCUCGCAGUUCCUCGAGCUGGACAAUGGCGGCAUCCUGCACGCCGUGGGACAGGGCGCACUGGGCAUUGAGUGUCGCGCCGGCGACCAGAAAGUGAUCGAUGCCCUCAAGUUGAUCGAGGACAAGAACGCCGCUCUGGCAACGGUAGCCGAGAGGAGCCUGAUGCGCGCGCUGGAGGGCGGCUGCAGCGUGCCCAUUGGCGUCGAGACCAAGUGGGUUGCGCCGGGCCAGCUGAGGCUACGGGCCACGGUCGUGUCGGUGCAGGGCACAGAGGGCGUGGACGGCGAGGAGGUCCAGACGAUUGCGUCCGCAGAGGAGGCCGACAAGUUUGGCGUCAAGAUGGCGGCCGAUCUGGUGGACAAGGGCGCAAACAAGAUCUUGGACGACAUCAAUAAGAACAAGCCGGCACCACCGCCAGCCCAAUAA